GGGCACUACGUCAGCACGUCUCGGCGUGAGACGGUGAUUCCGGUGGUGCUCUAACAGCUUCCGGCGGGAUCUGGGUGUUAAUACCCUGCCUCAGACGUCGUGUUGCGCUUGAAGGCGGACGAGCUCCGGAGGCGUCCGGAGGCAUUCUGUGUUUGCUGCGGUAACCUCAUCAGCCCGCCAAGAUGGCGAUGCAAGCGGCUAAGAGGGCGAACAUUCGACUUCCACCUGAAGUAAAUCGGAUUUUAUAUAUAAGAAAUUUGCCAUACAAAAUCACAGCUGAGGAAAUGUAUGAUAUAUUCGGGAAAUACGGACCUAUUCGUCAAAUUAGAGUGGGGAAUACACCUGAAACUAGAGGAACAGCCUAUGUGGUCUAUGAAGAUAUCUUUGAUGCCAAGAAUGCAUGUGACCACCUAUCAGGAUUCAAUGUUUGUAACAGAUACCUUGUGGUUUUAUACUAUAAUGCUAACAGGGCAUUUCAGAAAAUGGACACCAAAAAGAAGGAGGAACAGUUGAAGCUUCUCAAGGAGAAAUAUGGCAUCAAUACAGAUCCACCAAAAUAGGUGUUUUCCGCAUUUUCACUUUGGACUAAAACCUUAUCUUUUUAAUUAAUUCUGAAUAUUAUGAUUUCUCAGUUGAGAUUCAAAAUUAUUUGCUUGAAACUUUGAUAUACAUACUUUAUUAUAUUAUGUUUAUAAACUUAAAGUGUUUUGUAAAACAUGUCAUUGUUUCCUUUUGAACUUUCCCCUCCUGUUUGAUAUAAGAAAAAACUGAAAAGUUAAAUCAUUUGAAGGAUUGUGCAUGGGCCUAGGAACUCUUGAGUUUCUUAAGAGCAGGGACCUUUUUAUAUUUUUAGUGCUUACAAUGUCCAGUCCAGUGAUUAGUCAUUAGAAGAAUUUGUUGUAGUCUUCUCAUUUAUUGAAGUUCUAUCAGUAAUGAACUCUUCAUUACAACACAGUGAAUAUAGGUGUCUACAUGUUGCUGGUGAAGAAACCGAAGUUCAUCAUGCUGGUUGAAUGAAUAAGAUGCCUUCAUAAAAAGCCAGUAUAACAGAAACCAGUUGUUAAUCAGGCCUAUACACUUGAGUAAUACUUGCUUUACAGAUAACCAAACACCUUUGACAGUGGGGUACCCUUGUCCUUAGCACAGAGGUCUGUCAUAGCAGUGGCUUUUCAGGUGACAGCACAUGGUUAGAAAUUUGAGAGCAAGUAGCUUAGGAAGUGGUGAUGUUACAUGUCUGAGAUCGUAUUUAAGUAGCCUUUCAUUUUAGUUAUUGAGCAUUUGUAUAUAUUUUGGGCCUUAGCUCACAGUGUAUCUUUGCCAUAAAUAAAAUAUUUCAUGUUCCUUCUUAUGA